GUACUCCUCGCUCUGCUCAGCCUCGUAGCCUCGUCCCACGCCUUCUGGAUCAUUACGCAUCACUCUCUCGUCUCGCAACGCCUCGACCCGAUCCUCUCACCAAACACUACCUCAGCCCACACCCACGCCUUCGUAGGCUCGGCGGCCAUUCUCGACUCGCAAAGCAAGGAGAGCAUGUGCACGACCAGCAACGUGAAAGCAGACAAGAGCAAUUACUGGGCACCGCAGCUUUACUACUAUCAUGGCAAGGGCAAGACAUUCAGCGCUGUGCCCAUCUCCUAUGUCAACACGUACUACCUCAAUCGAUACGGGCCCAGCAUCAAGCAAAAGGCCGGAGCACUCAAGGCUUUCCCCAAGGGACUGCGCAUGAUCGCGGGCAACGCAACCCAGCUGAACGGUCCCUCAUCCGACGCCACGAAAGCCAAAGCCGUGUCCUUUGUGUGCCUGAGCUCGACUGGCGGGCCGCAGACCAACACCCUACCCAAGGGUCCUUGUCCCUGGGGGAUCCGUACGCAGAUCGUCUUCCCUUCCUGCUGGGACGGCAAGAAUCUCGACUCCUCCGACCACCAGUCUCACGUCGCUUACCCUCUCGGUGGUUUCCCUGACAAUGGAGACUGCCCGAGCAGCCACCCUGUCAAGUUUCAAACCCUCUUCUACGAGUUCGUCUACGCUACCAAGGACUUGGCGGUCAGCUCGACGGGUAAGAGCGGCUUCGUUCUCGCCAAUGGGGAUGCUGUGGGCCACUCAUUCCAUGCAGACUUUGUGUCGCAUUGGGACACGGAUGUGCUCCAGAGCGCGAUUGAUGACUGCACGACAAACUUGUUCAAUGACUUGAAGUCGUGCAAGCCUUUCGUCGCCUCACUCAAGGACGAGUCCAAGGACAAUGGUGGGAGCUACUGCACCACGAAGUCUAGCGUGGUGGGAGAAAGAGUCAUGGGGAGCGGACACACUUCGUUGCCCGGCUGCCUCUACGUGAAGAAUGGGCCAAAGGCUAUCAGGGGGGCAGGGAAGGAAGCUGCUGACAAGUGUGCAGCCGAGGCAAAGGAGAAGGGUCAGCCUGCUAUCAAGGCGGCGAGUGGGGGUUGCUUCUACGACAACGCCGGCUCAGGCGGCGCUCGCACCUUCGGCGGCGACUACACCGCCUCCGGCUCCAUGACCAACGAGGUGUGUGCCAACUACUGCGGAGACCGUAGCUUCAAGUACAGCGGUGUCGAAUACGGACAGGAGUGCAUGUGCUCGAACCAGGCACCUACCGUCACCGCUGGCGCAACUUGCAACAUGCCCUGCCUCGGUAACAGCACCGAGACUUGCGGUGGCUCGUGGUCCCUCACCGUCUUCGACAACGCCGCCAUCGCGGCCCCCGUCAGCGCUGCGGCCAGCCUUUCCUCCAACUACCAGUCCAUCGGCUGCUUUGCCGACCAAGUCGCCGGAUAUGGUCGCACGCUCAACUCGUACACCUUCAACUCGCCCAACAUGACCAUCAACAUGUGCACGGCCAAGUGCUCCGAGCAAGGCUACCCGUACUCUGGCCUCGAGUACGGCCAGGAGUGCUGGUGCGGAAGCUACAAGCCCAAGACGACGUCGAGCCAAUGCACCAUGGCCUGCACGGGCAGCUCCGUCGACACGUGCGGCGGGCCUAACGCAUUGAGCGUCUAC